AACUCGAGAAUUCCACACAACAGCCCUUCUUAAUACCUCACAUUCUAUCGCCCUCAAAGGCUCAAACCUCCUGUCUUCUCGUAAAAACCUUACGGUGUUUCAGAGAGUUCCAGAACCACCCCCACCCCCCAACACGCCAACCUCUGAUUCUCUCUCUCUCUCUUUCUGUUGGAUCUCUCUGAAGGUACGGUCUCCAACACCAGCUGAAGGCCGCAUCGGUCUUAGAUUUCUAUUACCUGGCUGUCUAAACUGAUUAUUAAGUGACAAAUUGGUUGAGAUUUUGCGAAGAUGAGUGUAGUUGGUUUUGAUUUCGGGAAUGAGAGCUGCAUUGUGGCCGUUGCAAGGCAAAGAGGGAUUGAUGUUGUACUCAACGAUGAGUCCAAACGUGAGACUCCUGCAGUUGUCUGUUUUGGUGACAAGCAGCGGUUCAUCGGGACGGCAGGGGCUGCUUCAACUAUGAUGAACCCAAAGAAUGCAAUCUCUCAAAUUAAGCGGUUGGUUGGUCGGCAAUUCAAUGAUCCUGAAUUGCAGAUGGAUCUAAAGUCUUUUCCUUUCACCAUUACAGAAGGACCUGAUGGGUAUCCUUUAAUUCAUGCACGGUAUCUGGGAGAAGUAAGGACAUUUACACCUACACAAGUUUUGGGAAUGGUGUUUUCUGAUCUAAAACGCAUAGCUGAGAAGAACUUGAAUGCAGCGGUUGUUGAUUGCUGUAUUGGGAUUCCAAUUUAUUUCACUGAUCUUCAAAGAAGGGCUGUUUUGGAUGCGGCCACAAUUGCAGGCUUGCACCCACUCCGCUUGAUUCAUGAAACUACAGCAACAGCCUUGGCUUAUGGCAUUUACAAGACAGAUUUACCUGAAAAUGAUCAAUUGAAUGUUGCUUUUGUUGAUAUUGGACAUGCAAGCAUGCAAGUUUGCAUUGCUGGCUUUAAAAAGGGCCAGCUGAAAAUAUUAGCUCAUUCAUUUGACCGAUCUCUUGGUGGUAGAGAUUUUGAUGAAGUGCUAUUCCAGUACUUUGCUGCAAAAUUUAAAGAGGAGUACAAGAUUGAUGUUUUCCAGAAUGCAAGGGCUUGCCUUAGGCUUCGAGCUUCCUGUGAGAAGCUGAAGAAGGUACUCAGUGCAAAUCCUGAAGCACCUUUAAACAUAGAGUGCUUAAUGGAUGAGAAGGAUGUAAGAGGUUUCAUUAAGAGGGAGGAGUUUGAACAGAUCAGCGUUCCUAUGUUGGAACGUGUUAAGAGACCUUUGGAGAAUGCUCUUGGGGACGCUGGUCUCACAGUUGAGGAUGUUCACGUAGUUGAGGUGGUUGGUUCUGGCUCUCGUGUUCCUGCUAUAAUAAAAAUAUUAACGGAGUUCUUCAAAAAGGAGCCUAGACGGACAAUGAAUGCAAGCGAGUGUGUUGCCAGGGGAUGUGCUUUGGAGUGUGCCAUUCUUAGUCCGACAUUUAAAGUACGCGAGUUUCGGGUCAAUGAGAGCUUUCCAUUCUCAAUUGCUUUGUCAUGGAAGGGUGCUGCUCCAGAUGCACAGAACGGGGCAGCUGACAGUCAACAGAAUACCAUUGUUUUCCCCAAGGGAAAUCCCAUACCAAGUGUGAAGGCUCUGACAUUUUAUAGAUGGGGUACAUUCUCCAUUGAUGUGCAAUACACUGAUGUGAAUGAAUUGCAAGCACCUGCAAAGAUUAGUACAUAUACGAUUGGUCCUUUCCAAUCUACAAAAGGUGAGCGUGCAAAAGUCAAGGUGAAAGCCCGCCUGAAUCUGCAUGGAAUUGUGUCUAUUGAGUCAGCAACUCUAUUGGAAGAAGAAGAAGUUGAAGUUCCAGUCUCAAAAGAGCCACCAAAGGAAGAUGCUAAGAUGGAUACUGAAGAAGCGCCCAUUGAUUCUGCGCCCCCAAGCUCCAAUGAAACUGAUGUAAAUAUGCAAGAUGCAAAGGGUACUGCUGAUGCUUCUGGGCCUGAAAAUGGUGUUUCUGACUCGGGAGAUAAGCCUGUGCAGAUGGAAACAGACACUAAGGUUGAGGCUCCAAAGAAGAAGGUAAAAAAAAUUAACAUCCCUGUAGCGGAGAUUGUUUAUGGAGGAAUGAUUCCGGCUGAUGUGCAAAAAGCUGUAGAGAAGGAGUUUGAAAUGGCUUUGCAAGAUCGGGUUAUGGAAGAAACAAAAGACAGGAAGAACGCAGUUGAGGCUUACGUCUAUGACAUGAGAAACAAGCUUAGUGACAAAUAUAGGGAAUUUGUCACUGAUUCAGAGAGGGAAGAGUUUACUUCUAAACUUCAGGUGGUGGAAGAUUGGUUAUAUGAAGACGGUGAGGAUGAGACUAAAGGCGUUUACAUUGCCAAGCUUGAGGAACUCCAGAAGCAAGGCAAUCCCAUGGAGGAGCGGUACAAAGAGCAUGUAAACAGGGGAGCAAUAAUUGAUCAACUUGUUCAUUGUGUUAAUAGCUACCGAGAAGCGGCAAUGUCAAAUGAUCCUAGAUAUGAUCAUAUUGACAUCUCUGAGAAACAGAAGGUCCUAAAUGAAUGCGUGGAGGCAGAAGCAUGGUUAAGAGAGAAAAUGCAGCUGCAGGAUUCGCAUCCUAAAUAUGCUGAUCCGGUUCUCUCAUCUGCUGAUGUGCUAAAGAAGGCUCAAGCACUCGAUGGGUUUUGUAAACCGAUAAUGAUGAAACCAAGGCCAGCACCAGCCAAGCCAGCUACUCCCGAAACACCACCAACCCCACCUCCUCAGGCCAGCGAGCAGCAAUCACAGGAUGGUGAUGCCGAUGGGAGUACUGAUGCAAACGCCAGUAGUAAUGCCAGCACCAAUGAGAGGGCAGCAGAUGGCAAUGGUGAGGUACCGCCAGCUUCUGCAGAGCCAAUGGACACACAGACCUCUACCACUUCCGCGUAGUUCUGUUCAGUGGUUUCUCGUUCAAAUGUUUUAUUCAAGACGGAAUUUGGUUCCUAUGUAUAAGAACUUUUUUUAUUCGAGUCUAGGGACAAACCUGGUGGUGGGCCUGUGUUUUGUCAACCUUUUUGGAGUCCGUGAAGCCUUUUCUGUUGUGGGCGAUCUGCCAAAUUUUAUACCUAAUUGGGGUGGAUCUCCAUAUUGUGGUUUUUUUAAGUAGGGUUUCAAGAGAAAUGAUACUGUUGUGGUCUCCCAGGCUCUUGCAGAGAGAGAAACAGAAGUACAUCUUAAAGGGAGACUCUCGUGUCCUUGUUCCUUAGGUAGCAUGUUUUGCAUUAGAGACAAAAACAUUUACAAAAGUAAAUUCAAAAACUGAUAUGGUUUGAUGUG